AUGAUAGGGCAAGUUAUUGGAAUUCAUUCUACUAAUGAAUUGGACAGUAAAUUGAGUGCUGCGACGAGGACAUCCUGCCUGGCGAUCCUGUAUUUUACCGCAGCAUGGUGUGGGCCUUGCCGUUUCAUUUCUCCUGUUUAUACAAGCUUGGCUGGAAAGUACCCAAAAGUUGUGUUCUUGAAAGCUGACAUUGACGAGGCAAAAGAUGUGGCUGCACGGUGGAAUAUCAGCAGUGUUCCAACAUUCUUUUUCCUAAAAAAUGGCAAGGAAGUUGAUAAGGUAGUUGGUGCUGACAAAAGUUCUCUUGAAAGGAUGAUUGUCCAAUAUGCUUGA